AUGGCUGUUGUCACUCCUGAUCACGUCGCUAUUGCGGAGUUGAUUAUAUAUAUCCCCACCGCUCUGCUCACCAUCUGGGUCGUAUUACGCCAUGGCUUUCACAAACAAUUGGGGUGGAUCUACCUUUCAAUCUUUAGUGCCAUUCGAGUUGGUGGAGCCGUUAUGGAAAUCCUCAGCACCAAGAACCCAAACAAUGCAAAUGAUAAGGAAUGGGCUCUCAUCCUACAAUCUGUUGGACUUUCUCCUCUUCUUCUCUCAACGUUGGGUCUAUUGAAGCGAGUUAUCGGGAUUUACAACAAACGAGCAACCGCAACCUCUCGCCGUUCUAAGAUCGUCCAACUCCUGCACGUCCCUGCCUUGAUUGCCCUGAUUCUCGCUAUUAGCGGUGGAAGCGACCAGGCAUCUUCCAACACCUCUGACCAAGCCAGUGGCAAGACCGAGACCCGCGCUGCUAUUAUUCUCUACCUUCUCAUCUACCUUGCAGCCUGCACCCUCUGGACCAUCACAGUUCGUGAUGCCAGCCUCAUGGUCUCGAGCCAAAAGCGCAUCUUCUACUGUGUGCUUCUCGCUCUGCCUCUCAUUGCAGUAAGACUGCUUUACAGUCUGAUCAGCGACUUUGGCAACAACCCUCAAUUCUCCUUGAUCAAUGGCGACACUAAGAUUCAACUGGUGAUGGCCACUCUUGAGGAGUUUGCUAUUGUCCUUAUGUAUACAAUCUUGGGAAUAGUUACCCCCAGAUCUUUCCAGAAUGCUGCCCCGGUUGAGACCCAGGAGCAAGACGGUUACUAUGCGCCCGGUGAUGUUGAGUACGGUCAUCGCCAAGCUAGUCAGCCUGUAUAUGCUCAGGCAGCAGCUCAAGAAGCUUACAAUGCUCACUAUUCGCGGAAGUAA